GCCGCUAUCAGAACAUAACACCAAACGCCAUCUGAAGAUUCCUUCCUUUUUGUAAGACGUACUGUAGGUGCGAUCAUUUUUUUGAAUAAAACACAAUCAAUAUGCCUAAAGAAAUCAAAGAAAUCAAGGACUUUCUCCUUAAAGCACGAAGGAAAGAUGCUAAAUCUGUCAAAAUCAAGAAGAAUGCUGAAAAUGUCAAAUUCAAAGUACGCUGUUCAAGAUUUUUGUACACUUUGGUGAUUACUGACAAAGAAAAGGCCGAAAAAUUGAAACAAUCUUUGCCACCUGGUCUACAAGUUAAAGAGGUCAAAAGGAGUGAACGAAUGUAAUUUCAUAACAACAAUAAAAUUAUAAAAAAACCAGCA